UUUUUUUAAUUCCAUGAGAGUGUUUAUAAUGUGGAAGACAUUUUGGCAAUGACAGGCUCCGCUAUUUGUGCUAAAUCAAGUUAUUGAGUUAAUAACGAAACGACAAUGUCUCUGAAGAUUAAGCUAAAAUCAUUGGUAGGAUUUGGUAAAAUAUCGAGAGAUCGCCAAGUGAUAUUUUCUUUCAGAGGUAAUAUUCAAAAAUCGUGUGUUCAAAUAAACACUUCGGCUGAAUUGAUUUGGAACGAGACAUUGACAUGGGAAAUUGGAACUGCAAUCACAGAAAGGGAAUUUGUAAAUAUUACACUUAUUGACUACAGUAGAUUGUUCAGCAACAAACCCGUUGGAAGUUUUCAGUUAUAUUUACAAGAACUAAUCGUUACUGGCAAACUCGAAAUCAAUGAGCCACUUCUUGACAAUAACAAUCGGCAACUCAAGAUUUCUGUGCUUCUUGACCUGAACUAUGUCCAUCCAGAAGGUCUUGUGGGUGAUUGGUCAGACUUGCGGAGCUCCUAUUACCAUGCCCAUUCCAUGGAUGAGGUGCUCCUGGAAAAGGAAUUCUUUGAAUCUUCAACACCAUCUACACCAACCGAAAAAAGGAAGAAGAGGAGGAGGAAGAAGAAAGGUAAUGAUGCCACUGAGGAAGAUGAUCAGUCAUUUGUAGAUGAUGACAGCAAAGCCAUUGAAGAAGAAAGUACUUUGACGGAUGAUUACACAUUUGAAAGUAUGCAGGAUUUGACAAGACAAGGAGAUGCUGGCAUGGAACUGAAUACAUUACCGACACAGAAAAAAGAUUAUCAGAUCUCGGUGCAUAUCAUUGAGGCUCGUCAGAUUGCUGGCUCAGAGGUCUUUCCAAUCGUGUCAGUUCAAGUGGGAAACAUCACUAAGUUCACACAAAUGAAGGAAUCAACCAACACUCCCUUCUAUGAUGAGCUUUUUGUAUAUGAUUUCCAUGACUAUGAGUCUGCGAUUUUUGACAAGGUCAUAACAUUCAAGGUGCUGAAUUGUAGCAACAAGUAUCUGAAAACUGGUAAAACAAUUGGUUUUUAUAAACUGGAUGCUGGCACAGUUUAUGAUGAACCAGAUCAUGGCUUCUAUAAUAAAUGGAUAAUCCUGCUAGACUCCAAGGAUAUCAACGGCACAGAGAAAGGUUACUUGAAGGUGAAUUUGUCAAUUUUGGGACCAGGUGACCCGGUCAAGUUACAGAGUCACGAUGUUGGCGAACAUGAGGAGGAAGACAUCGAAGCUAACCUUCUGGUACCUAUGAACACUCCAGCAACGAGGCAAGUUGCCCUUUACACUGUCAAGAUUUACCGUGCAGAAGGCUUGCCGGUGAUGGCCUCGGACAUCUUAGCAAAUGUUAAAAAAGUUUUCACUGGACAGUUCAGCGACCUUGUUGAUUCUUUUGUUGAGGUCACAUUUGCAGGUCAAAUGAAACGUACAUCUGUGAAGAAGCAUUCAUAUGAGCCUGACUGGAAUCAAGAGAUUGUAUUUGUUGACCUCUUUCCUCCACUCUGUAAGCGAAUAAAGGUCCAAGUUCGUGACAAAUACAGCAUCGUAGAUGAUGUAAUUGGCACACAUUACAUUGACUUAACCAAAGUCUCUUGGUCAGAUGGUAAAGGGUUUUUACCAAUGUUUGGUCCCUCAUGGAUCAACAUGUAUGGGUCAACAAGAGGCUUCAAUAUGUUCGACACAAACUUCCAGUUGAAUGACAGUGAAAUGGAAGGGUGUAUGUAUAGAGGGCGCUUGCUGCUCGCAAUGAAGUGUGAAAUGGGAAACCCCAACACCGCGAGUGCUGUAAGAGUUGAUGUCUCACCGACACUUCAGAUUUCUGAGAAUGCUGCCGGUAGAAACGAGGAUUUCUGUUUCUUUGGAUGUGUUUUUGAUGCAUCUAUGAUUGAUAUGGGUGUGUUUGGUAACUACUUUGAGAGACGACAAAAUGACGGCAACAUCAGUUUUGAAUUCACUAUUGGAAACUAUGGAAAUACAAUCGACGGCAAAAACAUUCAUGUCUUGCCGAGCAUGGAACCAGACGAAGAGACAGGGCUUUUACAGCGAAUUCAAAUUGAUGAGAACUGUAACUCAAUGACACAGCCAAUGGCACCUAUACGUAUAUCUCAGGGGUACUGUUACAUGCCGUAUGGUGAGUUUAAGCAGUGCGUGUCCUUGAGAUUUUCUACGGAAGAUCAUCGGCGCCGAUUUCUUGACGAGAACAUUUUACAAGGCAUUGCCGAUGAACUUGAAAAAGAUUUAAGUAACUGCAUGUUUCUCCAAUCUGCUGAGCAUGAAGAUGCUUUGAAAUGUUUCAAGAAAAUGGUUAUUGAUAUUUACAAAAAACUGCAUGAAUAUGAAGGACACAUGAAAUCUACUGAUUCAGCAAAACUACCAAACAAAAAUAAACUUGACAAGAGCAUUUACAAGAUGACCAUAGAAAAAGUGAAAAGACUGGCUAAGGAAGUAAAGGAAAUGAGAGGUAGAAAUGCAGACAGCAAACAGGACACUUUAUCGACAGGCAAGCUGAAAUGGGCCAAAGGCCUUCUCCAGCGUUUGCGCACAAUUGCUGUAAACCCACAGCAUUGUAUUCCUGAUCUCUUCAUCUGGUUGACUUGUGAUGACAGACGUGUCGCUUACACGCGGAUACCAUCACGUAAACUCUUGUUCUCUAAAGACGAAAAGGCGAUUGGAGAGCUUUGCGGUAAAAUGCAGACAAUCUUUCUAAAGCUUCCUGGUAAAUAUGCAGGUGGUAUGAGCGGCUGGAAAGUACAGACUAAACUAGAGGUGUACCUGUGGCUUGGUUUGAACAAGGAACGUAAACAUAUACUACCAGGGUUGCCGACCGGUUUUGACCCACGCUAUGGGAUUGCUCGAAUAGCAGCCUCUAGAAAAACACCUCCCUCUGUGAUUAAGUAUACAGAUCAUUAUGAUUUUCAAGUACGCUGUCACCUCUACCAAGCGAGGAGUCUGAUUGGUUCUGAUGAUUCAGGGUUAUCCGAUCCGUUUGUUCGUUUUUUCAUCGGUGGUCAGUCGCAGGAUAGUAAGAUAAUCUUUGAGACAUUGAAUCCAGCCUGGAAUGAGGUGUUACUGUUCGACAAGAUCACAGUCUGGGGAACAAAGAAGAACCUGAACGAAGAACCGCCAUUAGGUGUCGCAGAAGUCUACGACUUUGACAUUGGGGGAGGCGAAGAGUUCAUAGGUCGAUGUUUGAUAAAACCGAUUGUGAAAUUCACAAGCAAUGCCUACGAGUGGCCUGAACUCUCUUGGUGGAAGAUUACAAGAGGGCCAGUAACUGCUGGUGAAGUACUCGUGGCUGUUGAAUUAAUUGAGUUAACCUCAACUGGUAAGACACCAAAUGGUGUACCACCAAUAACUCGUCUAGAACCAGAAAAACCAGAAGAAAAACCGCCACCAAUACCAAUGCCUAUGGAAAUACGACCUGUCUUGAUUAACUAUAGGAUAGAGAUCUUAUUCUGGGGUGUUCGAGAGCUAAAACGUGUGUUGUUGUUAUCUGUGGAUCGCCCUCGUGUGGAGAUUGAGUGCGGAGGCCAUGUUCUGCAUUCUUCAACCAUUGCUAAUGCUAAGAGGAAUCUCAACUUUGAUGACAAUAUCAGAUAUUUUGAUGUGGAAUUGCCAGAAAAUGAGGUGUUUUGUCCACCGCUGAACAUCCGGAUUGUCGAUGUCCGAAACUUUGGUCGGAUUGCAUUGGUUGGUACUCACGUUGUCCACUCGAUUUCCCAGUACAAGGUUGAAUUUGAAGAUAAACCAGUAUUCUCUAUUCCUGCUACUCAGGCAGCCAUUACGGAACUACCUGAUGAAGACAAAGAUAAAACACAGGGUAAUGGGAUACUAAAGUCAACCUCUUCCGUACAAAAUGGCCACAUCAACGAAGGCAACCUACACACUGGCUCAGAGAAUGGUGCCUUAGUUAAUGGAGACAAACCACCUACCGAUAUGACUUCUAUAAGAAGGAAUUUUUCAACAGUGUCUUUUUCUCCGAACGGAAUUGUCAAUGAAGCCUAUCAAGAUGCAGUCUCAAUCCAGAUAGAAAAUGAUGCAGCGCCAACAAAGGCUCCUUCUGAAGUAGGUUCGAUCCGUUCCCAGAGAUCAGUAGGAAGCCAAUCAAAAGUUGUUAUUGCAUCUCGCAGGAGUAGUGUGACGUUCGCAAAAGCUACGGAGUUCAUGACUACAAGUGCAACCGACCUGUUGCCGAUGGAAGGGCUUAGCUUGUUUGGGAUGGGUAAGGAUAAAGUUGAAGGCCAAGUAGAGGCAAAGGAAGAGGAUGGCCAAAAUAAAGAUGAGCAGAAAGAUGGAGGGGACAAGCAGCCAGUGGAAGGACAGGCUGCAGCCCCAACUGCCGUACCCACAGUAAUGGGUGGUGAUGAUGCAAAUAAUGAUGACCCCUUACCUAUGGAUUGGUGGACUAAAUACUAUGUGUCCAUGUACAAGCAAGAUAAGGAAGAACCUGAUGACGGAGGGAGUGGCGAGGAUGAAGAAGAAUCCUUUAUUACUGAAGCUCCUUCAACGACAAGCAAGAGGCGCAGGAGGAAAACUGGCAAUGCCUUCAACAGAUUCAGGAAAUCGAUAAAAGAGAAGACUGCAAGACCGGAGGCAGUUGAUGAAGAGGUUUUAGAAGCUAUGAAGCCUGCUCCUUCAGAUAUUGAGUGUAUUGAAUGUAACCAUAUUAAGAUCUACAAAUCUGAGUUGGAGUUGGUUCCGCAAUUCGGUGGCUUCAAGGAAUGGCUGCGAUCUUUUGAACUGUACCGAGGCAAGAAUGAUAAUGAUGAAGUUGAUGAUAGCGACCGCAUUUCAGGAGAAUUUAAGGGCUGCUUCUGCUUGUAUAGGCUGCCAAGGCCAGAGGGCAAGAUACUCCGAAAUGUUCUGGGAUUUGAAGCUGAUCAUUUCUAUUUCGAAGGUCUUCCUCCACCGGACCCCAUCAUAGUGCUUGUUAGGGUGUACAUCAUAAGAGCACUUGAUCUUCAUCCAGCCGAUAUCAAUGGAAAGGCUGAUCCCUACUUGUCUCUGGAGCUUGGUAAUUUUUCAACUAACACAAAAGAGGAGUACCAAUCAAAACAACUGAAUCCAUAUUUUGGAAAAUGUUUUGAAUUUGAAGCCACCUUCCCGAUGGAAUCUAAACUUCGCAUCAAGGUGUACGACUGGGAUUUAGUCGGACUGGACACACUGAUUGGAGGAACUGAAAUUGAUCUUGAAAAUCGACUGUAUAGCAAACAUCGUGCAGUUUGUGGACUGGCUGAAGAAUAUGCUUUGUAUGGCUACAACAAAUGGCGCGAUCCUGAGAAACCAACUGACAUUUUGCGAAGGCUUUGCCGUGAGUGUCAUUUUGAUCCUCCCGUCUACAGUGGAGGGGGAGUGGUAGUUGUAAAUGGGAUAACAAUUAUUGGAGAAGCUAAUCUGGUGGACGAUACAGGCCUAUCAACACCGACAGAUGAGCAUGUUGCUUUGGAAGCAUUAUUAAACUGGGAGGAAAUUGCAGGGUACAGCCUUGUUGAGGAGCACGUUGAAACCCGUACCCUGUACACACCUGAAAGACCAGGUGUCGACCAGGGCAAGAUUGAAAUGUGGGUGGAUAUGUUCCCAUUAAGUGGACCUCAGCCAGGACCACAGACGGAUAUCUCGCUUCGAAAGGCAAAGACGUACGAACUCCGUGUUAUCAUUUGGAACACAGAAGAUGUUAUUCUGGUUGAUGACUCGCUGGUCAGCGGUGAUAAGAUGACUGAUAUUUUUGUGCGAGGUUGGUUAAAAGGCGUUGAUGAUGACUUACAAGUGACGGAUGUCCACUAUCGGUCUCUUACUGGGGAGGGGAAUUUCAACUGGCGUUACAUCUUCCCAUUUGAGUAUUUGGAGGCAGAACGCAAGAUCGUGGUUAAAAAGAAAGAGAAAAAAUGGUCAAUAGAUGAGUCAGAGUUCAAAAUACCUCCAAAGCUAAACGUACAAGUGUGGGACGCAGAUCUUGUAUUGUCAAAUGAUUUCUUAGGUAGCUUUCAGUUAGAUCUGACUAACUUUCCUCUUGGAGCCAAGUCUUCGAAGAACUGCAAGCCGAAACGCCUGACAGACCCUACUGUUCCCCAUGUUUCCCUUUUCCGGUUGAAGAGAACUCGUGGAUGGUGGCCGUUUGUUGUCAAGAAUGAUGAGAAACAAAAGUAUGAACUUACUGGUAAAGUAGACAUGGAAAUGAUCCUGAUGACAGAAGAUGAAGCACAGAAGAGUCCAGCUGGUCUUGGCCGAAAGGAGCCAGAUCCUAUGGACCCGCCAAAUCGGCCCGACACUUCGUUCUUGUCGUUGAUGAAUCCUCUGAAUGCGUUGAAGUACCUGAUCUGUGUGCGUCUCAAGAUACUCAUGAUCAAACUCACCAUCUUCCUCAUCAUCAUAGCUUUUAUUGCGCUUUUCAUCUACUCAUCACCAGGCUACGUCGUCAAGAAAAUAAUUGGCGCUUAGACAAUAUUUACUUUUAUGUACUUAGGAU